CCAUGUAUAGUUGAUUUUAUGCAUUUAUACACAUCAAGUAAUUGACUUAUAUUAAACAUACUACUGAAAUAUUCAAUAUUUUUAUGUAAAUUUAGUGUGUAACUCAUGUAGAUCAGUGAUCUACAUUAAUAAUAUUGAAUGGAAAUUAUAUUGGGUCGGAUCAAAUCUCGCAACUUAUGUCUCAUUAUUAUUGCACUUUUUGUAUUCAUCAUAAUUACGUUAAUACAUAAAUCAGAUAAAAAUUUUUGUUCAAAAGAAAAUUUUAUCACGAAAAAACAAGUACCGAAUCAUAAAGAGUUUUAUCAAUCAAAAGAUAUAAAUUUACAAGAAAAUGUAAAGAAGUUUAGUCAUUCCAUUAAAACUCUAAUAAAUAUGUUGAACUUAACAAUUAAUAAUGAAUUAGAAACGUUCAUAUUAGCUUACAAUAAUUCAAUUGAAACUUAUAAUACAUCAAUAGAAAAUCUUAAUGUAUACACUUUUUUACCACAUUUAAAUCCAAAUACUAAUAGUUGGUAUCCUUUAAUUCUUCACGGCGGAGGAAGAACUUCAGCAUCAAUUAUUUUUGGUAUACCAACUGUACAGCGACAAAAAAAUACAUAUUUGAUGUCUACCUUAGUUAAUUUAAUUAAUAACAUGGAUCACAAUGAACGAAAAGACUCAUUAAUAGUGGUUAUGAUUGGAGAGACGAAUAAUACAUAUUUGCAACAAAUAACUACAGAAAUAAAAACAAGAUUGCCGAACGAAUUUGAAAGUGGCCUUAUUGAUUUAAUAGCGCCACAAUCAAAUUUUUAUCCUGACUUUGAUAAAUUACAAUUAACUCAUGGUGAUACUAAAGAGAGAGUUCGCUGGAGAAGCAAGCAGAAUUUAGACUAUGCUCUACUAAUGAUGUACUGUUGGUCAAAAGGAUCAUUUUACGUUCAACUAGAAGAUGAUAUUAUAGCCAAGCCUCAUUUUCAAUCUAUUAUGAAAUCAAAAGCACAACUUAAAGCAAUAAAGAAAAUUAACUGGUUUAUAUUAGACUUUUGUCGGCUAGGAUUUAUUGGAAAGAUGUUUAAAAACGAAGACCUACCUUGGCUGAUAAAAUUCAUUGUUAUGUUUUAUAGCGAACAACCAGGAGAUUGGUUACUAGAAAAAUUGUUAGAAACAAAAAUCUGUAACUUAGAAAAAGAUUCAAAAGAUUGUCAAAAAAGGAAAGAUACCAUUUGGAUAAAAAUUAACCCUUCACUUUUUCAACACAUGGGAAAGAUGUCAUCUUUAAAUGGUAAAAUGCAACUAUUAAAGGAUUCCAAUUUUAAAACGAAUGUAUAAUCAAGAAAAAAUAGUAAAUAAAUCAAACAAUAACAUACAAUAAUAAUUUUGUAACUCUGAUAUAAACACAUAACAAUUAUAGGAUCACAGACACUAAGUAAAACAUAAACACACUUAAUAUAGUUACAUUUUAUUUUGUAAAUUGUAUCACAAAACUUGUUUUAAUUAUAAUUAGUAUUUAGAACAAAUAAAUAUUCACCUGAAAUAACAUGAUUUUUAU